AUGGGGUGCUCUGAAUUGAGAGAUGAAGGACCCACUUCAUCUUGUCUCCAACAGGAGGAAGGAAAAAAUGGUUCAAAAAAAGGAUUGGAUGAUGGAAGUGUUUCUUCAGAACCAAAAUCACAUGUAGAAAAACCAGGAGUUGAAACCAAUCAAUUAAAGACUACUGCUUUGAAGCCUCAGGUGGAAGAAAAGAAAGGUAGUCAUAUUAAUAAUCAAGAACAAGUAGAAAGGGAUUCUUUAGUUUUGAAUCCAACUGCAAGAAUUCCCAAGGCUCAAAUGAACAAGGAGAUCAAUCAAUCUACAUCUCAGGAAGAACAUGCAGAGAAUACCAAAAGUGAUUUGAAGAGUAAAGACAAAGUGGCCCAUACACUACAGGAAAACCAUCAGGUACAAAGUGAUAAGAAGACACAAAUAUCCACAGAUCAGGAAAAAUUGGCCAUCUCAACCAAGGAAAAGCUCAUCAAGUCCACCAAUACCAUGAAGGAUUUGGGAAGUGAAAAUUUCUUUGAAGAACAAUUGAAAUUGAAAGAUCAUAUGUUGGCUGCUAGGAAGAUAUCAGCUGGUUUGAAUGCACACCAGGUUGAUUCAAGAUCUUCCUCCUCAAGGUUUGAUAUUCAUCCUAGUUCAAUAGAGCUGUGGAAUUAUUUAUUUCGAGAGUUUGAAACCAUCAUUGAAGAAAAGCAUAAUGUCAAAUCACCAAAGAAUAAUCCUGAGAAAACAGAAGGAGUUAUAGUUGAAAAGAAGAAUAAAGGAAGUAAAAAUGAUGAAUCCAACAAGGAUAGAAGAUUCACAAGACAAGAAAAGGGAAAAUACAAAGUCAGAUUCUCAAUACCAGAAUCCCCCAAUGAAUCCCAACCGCUUGAAGGGGAAAAUCAAAAGGAAAUAAAUGAUGAAGUUGGAUCAUCCAAAGCAGUACAAAACCAACAUUUAGAUGAUGAAGGUCAAAAGAAAAAGGAAAUAAAUGAUGAAGUUGGAUCAUCCAAAGCAGUACAAAAACAAGCUUCCAAACCUACAGAUCUAGGUAAAAAAUCAACAAUCAAUCAAGCCAAUAUUUUGGAUAAUAAACCAAAAAUUGAACCAAACAAGGCAACAAAUUCUCAAGGUUUAGGGCGGGAUUACCAAGAUCUUGUUGCCCAAUUAUCUGAUUAUUCCACCAAAACAAAGGAGAAGGCCAAUAAUUCUUCAGAUGGCCAAUCAAACUAUGUGGCCAUGGCAAAGGCAGCAUACCUCAAGCUGCCUCAUGUCAAAAGCCUGGAGAUGGAAGACAUAAUCAAAUCAUUCAAGGCUUUGGAAGAUGAAAAUGUAGCCAAAAUAUUCUUGCAUAUCAAAGGAGAUGAUCUCCGCUACUUAUGGCUUGAAAGUGAGAUCAGAUGAAAACUGCUGGAUGAUGUCAAUUGACUAAUCUUCACUUCCCAUACAUAAUUUGGGCAGUUUGUGAGCUUUUGAUAAUGAUAU